CCUGUGGCCCAGCAGCUUUCUCCUAUUGGCAUUGCACCACCCACCCACCCUGUACCAAAGCCAGGCCCUCCUGGCAGGGAAUUACAGGAGAGUCCAGGUCGAACUGGGACUCGAGCAAGCACUGUUAGGAAAUGGAUCCAUGUGUUGAGAAAUGUUGGUUACUUUAGGAGAAGAACUGAAAGGAAAAGACUCGUGCAAUCUGCCAAGCGGAACUAAAGCAUUCACAAGGAUGGUGUGUAGUUCGCUUAAAGGGCAAACUCAGGCUAAAAUGCUUGCACCUGAAGUUGUUUCACGAAGUUUUGUAUGAAGAGCUACUUUAUCCAUCCUGAGCGUUUUGGAAAUAAAGGCUACAUACAACUGGACACAUUAGAAAAAGGUAAAGCAAGUAAUUUAAAACAUGACACGUUCGCAGAAGAAACCAGAAAGGUAAGCGACUGAAGGUGCGUGUUGUGGGAACAACGGCAUAAGAGCAGAGCCCGCUGGGAGGCCAGGGCCCCCUGCCUGGUGGAGGGCAGCAGGGUCUGAAGGCCGAUCAGCCCAGCCUGGAGAAGCCAUCAGCGCUGAGUGAAAGCAGGAGGCACCACCCGUGUCUGCUCAGGCUCAGGAAACAACUCGCCCUGAGCUCUUCCCAGACAGCAGGCUGCUUCCCACUACGAGCGAGCGGGGCAGAGCUCUGAUGUUCGGGAGGAGGAGAGAAGAGCAGAACUAUUUACAGUUAAGGUCCCUCCGCGCGCGGAGCCUGCAAGCCCGGACAGAGGUGGGCUGACUAGCCACCUAGAAUGAAAAUGCCUCGGGAAAAGCCAAAGAGCUCACUGCUGAACACCAUUGUCAGCUAAAAGGAAAAGAAAUCCCUUUUAAGGAAACUAUUUAACUUCAAUAGACUGCUUUUCUGCCAGGAUUUUCAAUUCCUCUGAACAUAAGCCGAGACACAGACUGCUGCACGUAUGUCUGAUGCUGCCCCCCCGCCAGCGCCAGCACCAGUUGUUAUCCCAAAAUAAACCCCAUUCCACAACCAUAUAUGUCCACGGGCCCGGAGCUGGGGAGGAGCAGCCGGAGGUAGGUCAGGUCCCUGGGCCCCAGCCACACUCCGUGGCUGCUGCACACCAUGCACAUCACCCAGCUCAAUCGCGAGUGCCUGCUGCACCUCUUCUCCUUCCUGGACAAGGACAGCAGGAAGAACCUCGCCAGGACCUGCCCCCAGCUCCAGGACGUGUUCGAUGACCCGGCACUCUGGCCCCUGUUGCACUUUCGCUCCCUCACGGAACUCAAGAAGGACAACUUCCUCCUGAGCCCCACGCUCAGGAGCCUCUCCAUCUGCUGGCACUCCAGCCGCGUGCAGGUGUGCAGCAUCGAGGACUGGCUCAAGAGCGCCUUCCAGAGGAGCAUCUGCAGCCGGCACGAGAGCCUGGUCAAUGACUUCCUCCUCCAGGUGUGCGACAGGUGCCCCAACUUGGCGUCCGUCACGCUGUCCGGCUGCGGCCACGUCACCGACGACUGCCUGGCGCGGCUGCUGCGCUGCUGCCCGCGCCUGCGCACCCUGCGCCUGGAGAACUGCGCGCGCGUCACCAACCGCACGCUGGCGGCCGCGGCGGCGCACGGGCGCGCGCUGCAGACGCUGCACGUGGACUUCUGCCGCAACGUGAGCGCGGCCGGCCUGCACCGCCUCCGCGCGGCGUGCCCGCGCCUGGCGCUGCGGGCCGAGCACAGCGCCGCCAUGAUCCCCGACCAGCCGCCGCGCGGCCCCCACGCGCCGGGCUCGGCCCUCCGCACGCUGCUCCCGCGCUAGGCCGCCGGCCGCGGGAGCACACCGGCCGCGCGCUCGGCCGGAGGAGCAGCCCUGCAGACGGCCGCUGUGCCUUCUGAGCCUGUUUACGCGUUUGCAAAUGGGCGUAUGACUGUCUACCUCACUGUACGAUUUUAUAAGCAGGAUAAACACGAGAUUAAAUGACCUGAUGCUUGGAAAACA